UGGUAUUCAGACAAGUUACUUCAUCGCAUCGUCAUCGAACUUCUUCGCGAAUUGAUUGCCGGUUACCUGAGCUGAGAGAGAUCCCUACGUUUCUCUCCUGGAAUAAAAGAUAAUUUGUUGUUGAUGCCAAACUAAACCGCGAACACCUGCGCCUUGUCAGUGAAUGAUCAAAGCUCUCAAAGCUACCUUCAUAUGAUUUAGCAAAGAGUAAAGUAGACUGUAAUUGAAUCUAACUACUUUGGCAGACGUCCUUCGCGUCCCCUCUCGUCUCCGGGCGAGCGAUAUAAAAUUUGGGGUUUGGAGACUGGAGUCGAGAAGAGAAACGAAGAAAUAAUCAAGAAUUGGAUCGCGCCUUUCGCCCUUUUUGCGAUGCCGUCCUGGCCUUUGGAAAACUAUUUGGUUUAACAAAAUACGAUUAUAUCGUCUGACCAUGACUUUUAUUUUUCUUCGAAAGUGCUAAUCAUGGAAGUGAGAACUAUUAUAUUAUUUCUGCUUGCAAUUCUUGGGGUAGAGAGCGAGACUCCCCAUCAUGGGCGGUUAUCGUCUAACGAAGGCACGGAGAUUGAGCGGAGAAAUCGGGAAGAAAGGGGUGCACAAGAAAUGCCUGCUGGAGGUGUGGACCUUCUCACGGAUCUGAGAACCAAAGCGCCUAAAGCCGGGAGGAUAAAAGAAAUCGUAGGAGAGAAUGGAUGCCUUGUAUACAGAUUCAAACCACAGGGCAAUAGUACUUUUCCGACCUCUAGUGUAGUUGGUUCAAGCUUCCCAAGUAGUUUCACAGUACUGAUGAACAUGCAGUAUGGCCAGGAGGAAUUGGGAGACAUAGUAACAGUUGUAGAUGCCAAUAAUAACAUUCUACUCAGAUUAAGAAUGGGAAUUAAUCUUUUAGAAGUACAAGUCAGGAUAAAAAGAUUAACAUCAUACAGAUUUGUUGCAGUUGAUUUUGCUGAUAAUAAAUGGCAUAAGAUUGCCGUUGGAAUCAAUAAAAACCAAAUAAAAGUUUACAUGGAUUGUGCUGAGGUUGCUACACUACCCACAAGAGCUGGCAAUGCAAGGAUAGAUUUCACCACAGCAGGCAAAUUUGUAUUGGGAGGACAUUAUAAUGAAAAUGAUGAUCCAUUCAGGGGAGACAUCCAAAAUUUGAUAUUUUCUGAUGAUUUUAAAGCCGUUAAGGACUGUGAAUUUGAGUAUCCAUGCUAUACAGAAGGAGGUUUAUUAACAACAGCUGCACCAACAACUGUGAAAGUUGAGACAACACCGAAACCUACAACACCUGAACCAACAACACCUGAACCAACUACGCCUGAACCAACAACACCAACACCUCCAGAAACUACACCAGCUCCAACACCAAAGAAACCAGAGCCACUACCAACCCCUGAAACACCGGAUGAAAAGGUAACACCAACGCCAAGCACUGAAGUAUCUGUGAAGCCGGAAUUCCCAUCCACAACGAAAGAGUUGGAUGAGAAGGAGAGAACAACUCCCGAGGUAAAACCUUCCCCAACCGUUGGACCUGUCCUUGUCACAAUGAUAGAACCAUAUUACACACCUACCUCAAAACCUUUCAUGACAACCGCCAUUGUGGAUAAGGACUUGACACCAGAGCCUUCAAAGGAUGUGACAAUGGAUAUAAAAGAUAUUUUCACAACAAUGCCACCUGUUUUCCCUGUCACUGGGACAAUGACUCCGGAUCGAAUGUCAAUAUUAGAAAAUGGCUUCCCUGGAGUUCCUGAUGGUCUUAUUGAAUAUCUUCAGAAUAAUGAUGACAAUGAAGUGGUAGUGUUUCUUCUUGAGCAACUCAGGGAUGAAUAUCCAACAAUUAAAGGUUUACCUGGUCCACGUGGAGAGCCAGGAGAACCAGGACUUCCAGGACCAGCUGGACCAGCAGGACCAAAGGGUAUUGCUGGUGGGAACCCAGGUAUUGGACCACCAGGGGCUCCUGGUCCACCAGGCGAAGCUGGCCCACCUGGCAAGCCUGGUCCUGAGGGGGAGAUAGGUCCACCUGGACAAAAAGGAAACAAGGGCCUAAGAGGAAUGAGAGGAGAAAGGGGGCAAAAAGGUGAAGAAGGAAUAGAAGGAAGAGAUGGAUCAAUAGGGCCAAGGGGAGACCCUGGUCGCGCUGGACAAGAUGGUUUUGAUGGAUAUAAGGGCGAGCUUGGACCCCCUGGACCACCAGGUCCAAUAGGUGAUCCUGGUGGCAGAGGUCAAAUUGGACUCCAAGGACAAGCGGGAUUGCCAGGGGAGCAUGGGGUAUGGGGACCCCCUGGUCCACCGGGCCCUCCUGGUGAAACAGCAGUUCCAGGUAUUCCAGGACCAGCGGGAGAAAAGGGAGAGCCAGGAGAUCCAGGACCAAGAGGGCCAGCAGGUCUUUUUGGUCCUCCUGGAGAUCCUGGUCUACCUGGUCCUGAUGGGAGACCUGGCGCACCUGGUCGUAAUGGAACAGAUGGAGAGCCUGGAGAACCUGGUCCUGAGGGUCCACCAGGAGACCAAGGGCCACCAGGAGAAGGUGGUCUUCCAGGAAACCCGGGUAGGAUGGGCCAACCAGGAGAUACAGGAUCCAAAGGAGAGAAAGGAGAAGAAGGAAACAGAGGAUCACCUGGUGUCAGGGGCAUGAUCGGACUCAUGGGUGAGAAGGGGUCCAAAGGUAACGCAGGUAGUAGAGGUCGUAUAGGGGAAGCUGGCCACCGAGGUUUCCCAGGACCUGUUGGACCAGCUGGACCUAAAGGUUAUGCGGGAAUGCAAGGAGAAGAAGGAGAUGGUGGAAGAGAGGGGACUGUAGGGGAAAAGGGUGAUAGAGGAGAUGUUGGUAAAACAGGUCACCCUGGACCAGAUGGUGAUGGGGGAUUCCCCGGGUUACCUGGUAUGAGAGGACCACCAGGAUUACCAGGAUACUUAGGAAUCCCAGGACAACCUGGACAAACAGGAAUUGGCCCACCGGGUCCUCCAGGACCUAUUGGAAUGAUUGGGGAGCCAGGACUACGUGGGCCAGCAGGUGAAGAUGGUGAAAGGGGACCAACAGGACCAAGAGGACUACCAGGUCUACCUGGAACACCAGGGCAACCUGGAAAUAAUGGAUCAUUUGGAGUACAGGGAGUUAAUGCAGCUGUUGGAGCUGCAGGAAUCCCUGGACCACCCGGACCACCGGGAAGGAAAGGUGAUCCUGGACCGAUUGGAGAACGAGGAGAAACUGGACUACCCGGACCUAAAGGAGAAACAGGUGAACCAGGUGAAGCAGGCCUACCCGGACCUCCUGGCCUCCGUGGACCACCAGGAGAAAUUGGCUUUCCUGGACCACCUGGUGAAAUGGGUAUCAAAGGGGAUAGAGGUAGCACAGGAGAGAAGGGAGAUGAUGGAAACGUUGGAACACCAGGAGACCCAGGAUCACGUGGUAUACCAGGACCAAAAGGUGAUGAAGGACCUCCUGGACCUGCUGGUGAGCUGGGUUCAAGGGGUUUAAGAGGACGUAGAGGUAAUCGUGGUCCUGUUGGAGAUAAGGGAAUACCUGGAGGUUCAGGAGGGAAUGGAACCUUAGGCCUUGUUGGAAGAGCUGGUGGUAGGGGUAGAUUUGGCUUGAGGGGACCACCAGGACCAGAAGGACCAAAGGGUGAGAAGGGUAGCCUUGGACCAAUAGGACCCCCUGGUCCUAUGGGAGAAAGAGGCCCAAGAGGCAAGAGGGGUAUACAAGGAGAAGUUGGGGCACCUGGAGCUGUUGGAAAGAAGGGUUUCUUGGGAUACCCUGGUCCCUACGGGCCUGAGGGACCACCAGGACCUAAGGGCAGGAAGGGUCCAGACGGCUAUGAAGGCUACCCAGGACCUCAGGGUGUCCCUGGUUAUCCUGGUCCACCGGGUCCUAGAGGACCUAAAGGGGACAUGGGGAUAGGAGGAUCAGAAGGUCAACCAGGAGAAGAUGGACCACAGGGAUCCAAAGGCCAAUCGGGAGAACCUGGUAUUGAUGGAGGUCCUGGACCUGAGGGUACUCCUGGGUACAAGGGUGAGAAUGGUGAUAUAGGUCGUCCUGGCAGGCCUGGUGCAUUGGGACUGAGAGGUCGUAAAAGGGGUAGACCUGGAGAGCCUGGUGACAAAGGUAAUAAAGGAAAACCUGGCAAACCUGGACCUUUUGGAUACCCAGGAAGAAUGGGUAAUAGAGGCCCUUUGGGACUGCGAGGCUUUCGAGGUCGCCGUGGAGUUCAGGGACCACCAGGUGUCAAGGGGGAGAAAGGAGAGGUCGGAGAGGAUGGGGCAAAAGGAGAAAAGGGAGACCAGGGCUUACAAGGUGUACCUGGUGAACGCGGUCCUAGAGGCGAGACAGAUCCUGCGUUUGAUGGAAAUCCUGGUUCUCCUGGACCUGAUGGAUUCAAAGGAGAAAAGGGAAACAUGGGUCGCCGUGGAGAUCAAGGACCCCCGGGACCUCCCGGUCCAUCCAUACCUGGAUCCAGGGGUUAUAGAGGUGACAGAGGAGAUCCUGGAGCCCAGGGACCUCCAGGCUCACCAGGUAGACCAGGACCACCGGGCAAAAGAACAGGACCACCGGGUCCUCCUGGGCCUCCAGGGCCCCCAGGUCCACCAGGUCCACCAGGAACAGAAAAGGGUGUUAGAGGUGACCCAGGGCCACCUACUCCAGGCCCUCAGGGUCCUAAAGGUCAACAAGGUCCAAAGGGAGAAACUGGUAUCAGAGGUAUCAAGGGAGAAAAGGGUUACCAGAGUAAUGCAGGACCCAGAGGUAAACCUGGAAGAAAUGGUCAAAGGGGACCCAAAGGAUAUAAGGGUUCCACUGGACAAAAAGGAAGAAGGGGUCCUCCUGGCCCCCCUGGUCCACCGGGUCCACCUGCUCCUACUCGUCCUCCUCCAACAUUGCCUCCAACCACUACAGAAGCAACAACAACUAAAAAGAAACGACGCACCACCACAACAACUCUACCACCUACAACAACUCUACCCACAACUCCACCCACAACAACGAGAGAAACAACCACAACAAAGAGGAGAAAGAAGAAAAAGAAAACCACCACAACCACUGUUGCCCCUACAACAAUAUUCCUCACAACGUUACCCCCUACCACCACCCCAGCCCCUACCACCACCCCUCCACCAACUACUCCUGAACCUACACCCACCCCUGAAGUAAUUACUGAUAUAAUACGAGAGAUAGAGGAAGAGAUAGAACCUCCAAGGGGUACCAGGAAUGCACCGGCUGUAUCCUGCAAAGAAAUCUUCAUGGAUUAUCCUGAUUCAGAAGAUGGUUUAUACUGGUUAGAUACAAAUGGAGGGGCACCAAACGAUAAAUUCCAAGCCAACUGUAAAUUUGCCCAAGGUGGGCUGACAUGCCUUAACGCCACAGCUGCAUCUUCAAGAGAAGCUUCCAAUUGGGCUAGGUCUCCAGGAAGAGAUUGGUUUUCAGAUUGGAGUGAAGGUUUUGAGAUAGAAUAUGAAGCCAAUGUUGUUCAGCUUAGGUUCUUACAUAUGAAAAGUAAUACAGCAACACAAUUAUUCACAUUCAACUGUCUGAGAGUUGCUGCAUACUACAAUGAAAAGACUCGUAACUAUGAUAGCUCAAUACGGUUCAAAGGUUAUAAUGAAGACAUCAUAGAAUAUGGUAUGCCGGGAUAUGUCGUACCAAAAGAUGGAUGUAAGUCAAUAUUCAAAAAGCAGAAGAAGUCUAUUUUCACACUGACUUCGAGUGAUCCAUCACAGUUACCGGUCAAAGACUUUGCUCCCCGUGGUUACACAGGACGUGGACAAAGAUUUGGUUUUACCGUGGGACCGGUAUGUUUCUUAUGAGCAAGGUCAAUAAUCCACUGGACAAAACUUGAACACGUGACUUUCUUUAGAGACAGAAUUUGUUUGACCAGAGUUUUGAGAUGGAUGUUAUUGGUGUCCUCAAGAGGAACAAUCUCUGGUCCUAGACCUUUGCCAAAGGACUUCCUGCUGACUUUAUACCUCAUGAUUGACUUAUGUUUGUUUUUAGAGGAGUGAUGUCACCAAAUGGUCAAAAGAAAAAUUGAUUAUUUUCAUCAGGAUAAAAGUUCGACUUAGCUUUUUGAAUAAGGUGCUUGAUUUUUUUAUUCUGUUAUUUCUUGUAACAUUAAGAUUUGUAGUUUUCAGAUCUUAGUUGUUGAUAUUCUUUUAAUUGAAAAGUUUCAAGGCACUUGUGUAUUUCCAUUGUCAGAGAUGUAGUGUAAAUGUGUUUGAAUGAGAUUGUUUUUCUCAUUCUCUGUAGUAUAUAUGAUGCUGACUGUCAUCAACUCAAACCCCCACUUCUUUCUUUGUUCUGCAGGGUAAAAUACAAAGAAAUAAUAUUUUAUCAUCAUGUCAAGCUCUAUUUGUGAAUAUGCACAUGAAAUAUAUGAGUAUCCUUGGCUAUGUGAAAUGAAGCAUUACUAAUGACCACUUUGUGGGUUCAAUGAAUAAUUGUUCUAUUUGGGGAAACUGCAUUUGAACUAUUUUGGCAACCGGCAAUAAACUCAUUCAUAUUUCAAUAUCAGGUUUCAUUAAUUCUUUAAAAAACAUAUUUUUACAUUUUUUACUGUUUAAACAACCUCAUAUCUCAGUAUCAUGUUCCAUAUAUUUUUAAGCCAAUGCAAGAGUCAAUGAUUGUACAUGUAUACUGUUCACUUCAGGGCGGGUCAUCACAGGGGUGCUUAUAGAAACAGAAAAAUGAGAGCUAACUGUUAUAAGUUUUGUAAAAGUCCACCAGAGAAUAACAGAGAGCUGUGGAUUUUGUAAAGUCAUAAUUAUGUAGCAUCAUGUAUGAUGCUACAAUGUAUAAAAUCCAUAUAGUGCAAUUUAGCCAAAGCAUUAAACAAUACGUUUACUUUUGCAUUCUACAUGAAUCAGACAUGUCAUUUCAUAUUAACACCUAUAUGAGUAUUAAAUGAUGUUGGUCAUCAACUAUGAAAUUUUUAUUGCAUGACAAGUAGCGCGUGCAUGUGACAUCCAAAACAAAACUUUUCAAAUCCACAACUUUCUUAUUCUUUGGAUUUCCGUCAAGCUUUCAUUUCUGGAUGGUUCUCUCAUUUCAGUCCAUUGUAAUGUCAGAGUAGACAUCCCCUUUCAGUUUAGAACUGGAAUUAAAGGUCAAGUUAACCCCCAACAAAUAUUUGAUUUAAAUAAAAGCAGAAAAGUCAAACAGGCA